AUGGGGAAAGAACUCUUGACGGCGCGGCCGCGCGGCUCAGCGUCCCGGGAAAAGGGAAGUUGCCCGGACGCGCCUUCCCCGACCCUGCCGCGCUGGUCGCCCCCGAGCCGGCCCCCGAGCCCGCCUGGAAAGGAGACGGAGCAGCGUCCUCACCCCGGCGGGCAGGCGGCCCCGCACUGCCCUCCGCGCUCCGGCGGCUCACAGCGGCUCGCACCUCCACACGGGACGCCGGGCCGUCCCCGCCCUCGCUCGCGCGGCCACCUCCUUCGUCGCCGUCCACUGGGAGGUGCGAGCAUCCGGGGCUGCAGCGGCGCGCGUCGCCUCCUCCAUGGGAGUGCCGAAAGGAACCUGCCGGGACGACCGCCGCCGAGGCUGCCGUCGCCGCGGGACCGACCACCGCGCCGAGAGGCUGGGCGCGGCGGAGUGACGCAAGCGAUGGCGCGCCGCGCGCACGCGCAGUGCCCGGCGGAAGCUGUCCCGGGCGCCCUCUUCCGGGUUCCGGUUUGCUCACUAGGCCCCAGUCAGCCGGGAAGGGAAAGACGGUCAACGAGGCGGGUGGUCGCCGCGGCUGCGACAGCCGGCUCGAGCAUGGCGGCUGCGAGCCUGGCGCAGGACCGGGCAGUGUUUCCUUCUGCUGUUCGCGGGGUCGCUGAGUCGGACUGCCUAGACGGCGCCUGACAGCACCCGCCCGCGGGGAGAGCGCGGACGCUAACCUAAAGCUCUCUCUGCCCGUGUUCUGAUCAUCCCCGCUGCAGCCACAUCUAACCAGCGUUUUCUCCUCCUCAUAGCCCACAGACUCCUCCUGUGUUCAUGAUCUGGUCCUCUCACCUGACACGUUGCACACUGUGUCAUCUCUGCAUGUAUAUCUGUACCUUGCUAAUAAGAUGCAGCCUCCUUAAACACCCAGAUCACCUCAGGUACUGGGUGCACGUCUUGUACACUCUGAUUGCUCAAGCACUGAUCAUGAAAUAUUUAUAAACUUUUUAGAAAUCUAGUUCCUUCCCACACACUGCUGGUGGAAACACAAAAUGGUACAACUUCCUUGGAAAACAGUUUGGAAGUUUCUUAAAAACAUACACAAACCCUCAACUGGACUGGACCAAAAGCAAAGAAGUUUCCGGGAUAAACUGAAUGCUUCAAAGGUCAGCGGAGCAAGGGCGGGGGUUUGGGGACUAUGGCUUAAGGGGACUUCUAAGUCAUUUGGCAAAAUAAUUCUAUUAUGAAAACAUUCUGCAUCCCACUUUGAAAGGUGGCGUCUGGGGUCUUAAAUGCUAACAAGCGGCCAUCUAAGAUGCAUCAAUUGGUCUUAAUCCACCUGGAUCAAAGGAGAAUGAAGAACACCAAGGUCACACGACAACUAUGAGCCCAAGAGACAGAAAGGGCCACAUGAACCAGAGACUUACAUCACUCUGAGACCAGAAGAACUAGAUGGUGCCCGGCCACAACCGAUGACUGCCCUGACAGGGAGCACAACAGAGAACCCCUCAGGGAGCAGGAGAUCAGUGGGAUGCAGACCCCAAAUUCUCAUAGAAAGACCAGACUUAAUGGUCUGACUGAGACUAGAGGAAUCCCGGCGGUCAUGGUCCCCAAACCUUCUGUUGGCCCAGGACAGGAACCAUCCCCGAAGACAACUCAUCAGACAUGGAAGGGACUGGACAGUGGGUGGGAGAGAGAUGCUGAUGAAGAGUGAGCUAUUUGUAUCAGGUGGACACUUGAGACUGUGUUGGCAUCUCCUGUCUGGAGGGGAGAUAGGAGGGUAGAGAGAGAAACUGGCAAAAUUGUCACGAAACGAGAGACUGGAAGGGCUGACUCAUUAGGGGGAGAGUAAGUGGGAGUAUGGAGUAAGGUGUAUAUAAGCUUAUAUGUGACAGACUGACUUGAUUUAUAAACGUUCACUUAAAGCUCAAUAAAAAUUGUUAAAAAAAAAAAAAAUACACAAACCAGAUGAUCCAGCCAUUCUACACCUAGGGGGAAUUUCAUUUCUUCCAAGGUUGUAAAUGAACGUUCAGUAGCAGCUUUAUUUGUAACAGCCCAAAACUGCAAACAACUCAAAUGUCCUCAAGAGAUGAAGGGAUAAACUGUGGUAUAUCCAUAUUAUGAAAUACUAACUCUGCAAAAAGGAAGGAGGUAUUGAUACACACUAUGAAAUGGUGGAAUCUCAAAAUCAUUAUGCUAAGAGAAACCAGGCCAUCCCUCACAAGAGUAUAUAUGAUUCCAUUUAUAUCAAAAUUCUAGGAAAUGCAAAUAAUAUACGAUGACAAGAAGCAGAUGAAUGGUUGCCUGGAGGUGGGGGUCAGGGUGGGGGAGGGGUAACAAAAGUAAACCUGGAGGAUGAUGGAUGUAUUCAUUGUUUUGAUCAUGGUCAUGUAUACAUAUGUCAAAACUUGCCAAACCGUACGUUUUAUGUAUGUAUUUUAUGUCAAUUACACCUCAAUAAAGCUGUUAAAAUCA